ACUUGUUGUAAUUGUAAGUUGGGAGAGACCAUUUUAGGUUGGAAUAUAAGAUUAACCAUGUUGACAUUGAGAAACUCACAUGUGCACCGAAUAAGUGUCUUCAAUAGCUCAUCUUUCCCUCUAUAUAUAGGUGGGGAAGAUACUCACAAUAAUAGCCAUAUAAAUUGCUGGUUCUUGAAGCAGCGUAAACUCUCUUUUCCUACACAGAGAAAGGUUCAUAGGUGCAUGAAAGUUGUAAUGGCAAGCAGUUCCAAAAACACCAAAACCAUCACAACUUCUCAAACUGUGAAGGCCCUUGUCACUGUGAAGCAAAGAAGUGGUGGACUGCUUGGAAAUCUCGUUAAUGGAGGUCUUGAUGGCAUCAAGGACUUGGUUGGGAAAACACUCGCUUUGGAGCUUGUCAGCGAUGAACUUGAUCCAAAAAGCAAGACAGAGAGAAAGACAGGAGAGAGUAAUGUGCACAAGAUUGGGUCAACAGAGGAUGAGGUGCAAUAUGAGGUGAGUUUUGAGUUAGCAGCAACUUUUGGGAAUGUAGGCGCUGUUUGGGUACGCAAUGAGGACCACAAUGAGAUCUUCCUAAAGAACAUAGUUCUUGAUGGCCUCCCUAGUGGCCCUGUGCACUUUGCCUGUGAUUCAUGGAUUCAGCCAAACACUUCUCAUAAGAGACUCUUCUUUGCUAACAAGUUGUACUUGCCAUCAGAAACACCAAGUGGAUUAAGAAAGUUAAGGGAAGAGGAAUUGGUGGCAAUAAGAGGAAAUGGAGAAGGAGAACGAAAAAGCAGUGAUAGAAUUUACGACUAUGAUGUUUACAAUGAUCUGGGAGACCCUGACACCAACAUUGACCUCAAAAGGCCUGUUCUUGGUGGCUCCAAGCAAUAUCCAUACCCAAGACGCUGUCGCACAGGUCGAGAGGCAUCAAAAGCAGAUCCGUUGUCUGAAAAGAAAGGAUCAAACUUCUAUGUUCCACGCGAUGAGGUGUUUUCUGACAUAAAGCAAACACAGUUCACAACAACUACAGUAUCCUCAGGAAUAAGUUUGAUUUUGGAGUCCUUAGAUGCAAUUCUGUCUGACCAAGAUCUUGGAUUUGUGAGCUUUGAAGACAUAGACACGCUCUACAAAGAGGGAUUCCACUUGCCACAGCUUCAAGCCAAUGGAUUGAAUGUGCUUCAAAGGGUAAUUCCAAAGUUACUCAGUGUUGUCAAUGAUACACAGAACCUUCUACGUUUUGAUGUCCCAGAAGCAUUUAAAAGGGAUAGAUUCUUUUGGUUAUCAGAUGAACAAUUUGCAAGGGAAACUUUGGCAGGUGUCAACCCAUAUAGCAUCCAAGUGGUCAAGGAGUGGCCCUUGAAAAGUAAAUUAGAUCCCCAAAUCUAUGGUUCACCAGAAUCAGCAAUCACUAGAGAAGUCAUUGAGCCGCAAAUAAUUGGUCAUUGCACAAUUGAAGAGGCUAUUGAACAGAAGAAGUUAUUUAUGUUAGACUACCAUGAUUUAUUCUUACCAUAUGUAAGAAAAGUGAGAGAGAUUAAGGGAACCACAUUAUAUGCAUCACGGACUCUAUUCUUCCUCACUGAACAAGGAACAUUGAAACCAUUAGCUAUUGAGCUCACAAGACCAGCUAUGGAAGGCAAGCCACAAUGGAAGGAGGUCUUCAAACCAGCUUCUCAUUCCUCUUCUCAUCCAACCAAUCUCUGGCUUUGGAGGCUGGCCAAACUUCAUGUUCUUGCCCAUGAUUCAGGUUAUCAUGAACUUGUGAGCCAUUGGUUAAGAACUCAUUGUGCUGUAGAACCCUUCAUCAUUGCAACGCAUAGGCAACUUAGCACCAUGCAUCCGAUCUAUAGAUUACUGCAUCCACACAUGAGAUAUACCAUGGAGAUCAAUUCCCUUGCUCGUGAGGUGCUUAUCAGCGCAAAUGGGGUCAUUGAAAGCUCGUUCACUCCAAGAAAAUAUUCUAUGGAAAUAAGUUCUGUGGCAUAUGAUCAACUUUGGCAGUUUGAUUUGCAAGCACUUCCCAAUGAUCUUAUUUCCAGAGGAAUGGCUGUGGCUGAUCCAAAUGCACCACAUGGCCUAAAGCUAACAAUUGAAGACUACCCUUUUGCCAAUGAUGGUCUUCUUAUAUGGGAUGCCAUAAAAGAAUGGGUAACUGAGUAUGUUAACCAUUACUAUCCAAGCCCAAGCACAGUGGAGUCUGAUCAAGAGCUCCAAGCAUGGUGGACAGAAAUUCGAACAGUGGGUCAUGGAGACAAAGCCAAAGAACAAUGGUGGCCAAAUCUCAAAACACCAAAAGACCUUACAGAGAUCAUUACAACUAUAGCUUGGGUAGCUUCUGCGCAUCAUGCAGCUGUUAACUUUGCCCAAUAUGCUUAUGGAGGUUAUUUCCCUAACCGACCUACAAUUGCUAGAAAUAACAUUCCUACAGAAGAUCCUUCUAAGGAAGAGUUGGAAAAACUGAUAAAUAGUCCUGAGAAAAUAUUUCUGGAGUGUUUACCAUCACAAAUCCAAUCAACCUUGGUGAUGGUUGUUUUGAAUUUGUUAUCGGAUCAUUCUCCAGAUGAGGAGUAUAUUGGACAAUACGUGGAACAAUCAUGGGUUGAGAAUCCAACUAUAAAGUCGGCCUUUGAAAGGUUUAGUACGAAAUUGAAGGAGAUUGAAGGUAUCAUAGACUCAAGAAAUGCAGAUACUAAUUUGAAGAAUAGGAAUGGUGCUGGGGUUGUGCCAUAUGAGCUAAUGAAGCCAUUCUCAGGGCCUGGAGUUACUGGAAAGGGAGUUCCAUAUAGCAUAUCAAUUUGAAGAUUGUACUUGUUAUAUAUACAUAAUAUCCUAUACUAGCUUUCUUUUUCUCAGAAAUAACAAAUUAUGAAUCAUUUGGGUGUUU